GCGCCGGACGACAUGCACAGCGCGCACAAGGGCGUGGUGCUAUUCAUCAUCGGGUCGGGGUGGUCGCACUUCCACUCCCCGCCUGAUCAGCACGAAAUGUUCACCGCUGCAUUCGCCCCCCUGGUGGUGGAGCUGGGGAUCCUGGGAGCGGUGCUGCAUCAGCAGCCAAUGCAGCCAAUGUCAUUCCAUGUGGGGCCGAACGGGCCGGGCAAGUCUGAUCAGCUGCUAGAAGACGAGCUCAUGGCGUUCUGCUUUGCCAUGGCGUUGGCGCAUCCGGAGCACCUAGAGUGGCAUCUCGCGGCACCCAUGGCCAAGUCCAUUGUGAGGGGAAUGGAUGCGCUGCACCUCGCCUCAAGGGAGAUCCUCCCCCACCUCCCGGUGGAAGGCUUUGUGCUCAUGGGAACUAGCAAGAGAGGGCUGAUGGCAUGGCUGACAGCCGCCAUGGAUAAGAGGGUGGUGGGCAUGGUGGUGUACGGCUAUGACCUGCUUGACUUUGGGCGCAACCUGCAACGCCUGCACGACUCGCUGGGCGCGUGGCCGGUCAUCCUCAAGUUCUACGCCACCUUCAACGAGGACACGGAUCCUUACUACUUGAGGGAGCGCCUGACCAUGCCCAAGCUGCUCGUCACUGCUGCUAAUGAUGAAGUGCUGGCAUUGGAUGACACGUACAUCUGGUGGAGCGACAUGCCAGAGCCAAAGCUGCUCAAGAUAAUGCCCAACUCGGAGCACAUGCUCAUCCACGUCAACCAAUGGGCUGGCCAAGCCACCCUCUCCUUCCUCACCUCUCUCCUCCACGUCAACUCCUCCUGCGCCUCUCUCCCCGCCUCCUCCCGCCCCGCCCUCACCUGGACCCGCCCCCACAGCGCGCGCAGCUACUCCCCCGCGCGCGCCAAGCGCUCUGACAGAGUAGAGGGCACGGGCUUGUUUGCCUGGGAGGAACGGAAAGCGGAAGAGGCUCGGGCAGGAGGAGGGGGGAUGGAAGGGAUGGACGGAGGCACGCUUACCAAUCAGGAGCAGCCGGCACAUCCCUGGGCCUGUGUUCCCGAGCUGCCAGCUGUGGACUGGCCUAAGCUGAGUUGGCGGUUUGAUUGGCCCACGUUCACCAUUCUUGCCACGUCAGAUAGGAAGCCGUUGGCGGUUAGAGCGUGGACUGGCCGCACUGCCAGCGCCCGGCGAGACUUCCACUUCGUGGUACAGCGAGGCUCCAGUGGGUGCACGGCGCCAAUACCAAUAAUACCGAGCACAUAUGAGCGCAAGUUCGAGCUGUGUGUGCAGGCCAUCCCUUUCUUUCUGCACACCGUAUCGCCGCCCAAGCACCACCCCGAGGAUGGCUUGUGGCACUUCAGUGCUACCGUCAGCGACGUUCCCAAG